UACACUCUGGGGUGGUUGCUUGAGGGAGAUCAUUGAUAUAAAUUAUAAAAAGCAGCGGACCCAAAUUGCUCCCCUGUGGUACUCCCCACAGAUUUUCACGAUAACCGGAAAGAAAAUUUUGUCUUACAAGUUUGUUCCCAACUUUGACUAUUUUUGAAAUCUCAGUGCGCUGAAAAGAAAAGAUGGAUGAUGAUGAUGUGCCAGCACUGUCUGCGGAGACAUUUGCAGCCCUUCAGGAGUUUUAUGCAGAGCAGCAGAAGAGACAGGAAAUACUUGACAAGUUACAGGCUGAGGACAAGCUGAAGGAAAACAUACUUUUUGAUGAGAAUUGGCAACUAAGUCAGUUCUGGUAUGACGAGGCCACAGUGCAGGCGCUAGUGAAGGUGGUGGACAAGGCAAUACUAGACGGAGGCAGGGUGGCACUACUGUCCUGCCCCACUCUCUUUGUGCCGGUGAAGCGGCAGCUUAGAGAACGCGCUACAGUGUCCCUUCUCGAGUACGACCGGCGGUUCGAGGUGCACGCCCCCGACUUCAUCUUCUAUGACUACAACUUCCCCGACAAGCUGCCUCCGGACCUGGAGCGGUACGACCUGGUUGUAGCUGACCCCCCAUUCUUGUCUGAAGAGUGCAUCCAGAAGACCUCGCAGACUAUCAAACUGUUGGCCAAGGAUAAGAUCGUAGUGUGCACAGGGGCUGUGAUGAAGGAAAAUGUGGAGAAACUCUUGGAUUUGCGGAUGUGCGAGUUCCAGCCGCGCCAUAGGAACAACUUAGCCAACGAGUUCGCGUGUUACGCUAAUUUUGAUCUAGAUGGCGCUUUAAGAUGAUGCUCUGGUUGGACAUUCAUUGAAAGGGUCAGAAGGGCCAAAUUGCAAAACCUUUUUAAGAAUUUUUUUCUCUCCCCUUCAAAACGUAUUCAUAUGUUGUUAUUGACGCUAAUACAUAGUAUGAACAGUCAGCAACCGAAGGCAGCAGCACACUAAGCUAUUACAGAACCGAUAAGGUCCAUCUUAGGCUCUGUCAUCACUUUCCAUCAGGUGUGACUAGGGUCAAUCGCCAGACAGUUUAGUUAACCUUUUGGACGCCAAUGACCGAUAUAUCUGCACCGCAGGUUCAACGCCAAAGACCGAUUAAUCGGUCACAAACUACAGAGUAACAUAGACCUAUGUGCAUAUGCAUAAAGUUCAAUUUCAGUUUUGACACUUCGGUGACGUGGCGUCCGAGUGACAGCUUUUGUGUUUGACACGACGUCGAAAAGGUUAAAAAAAAAAACCAGCAUAGUUGUUUUCAUAUAAGUAAUUUUGAACAUUUUCCCCGCUUAGCUACUUCUGCCGCUAAUUGUACCUUAUACCUACCUAAUUUAUGAAUAUGCAUUAAAUGCAUAGCGUAUCGUAAGUCUCAAGCCAAUUUUCAUUUGAAUUGUUUUGUUUUAUUCCAUUAGAGUUAGACUCGAUUUAAAUAAACUGAUAUUGCAUUUAUGGC